AUGAGAAUACCAAUCAGAUCGAUAUCUAGGGCAUCCCCACCAUCCCACUUUGCAAGUGGAUCAAUUCCUCCAAACUAUGAUCAAUUACAUGUUUCUCAAGCUUCUGCUCCUCCACCCACUCAACCUACUAUCGUAGAAUCUAAGAAUGGUUCAUCAGGUGAAAGACCUUUGAGAGAAUUAACGUCAUUGAUUGCAAUGUUUGCGUUGGGUUAUAUUGCUAUUGAUAAUUAUAUCAAUCGAAUAAAAGUAGAGAAACUCAAUAAAGAGACCACUUCCAUUCAUUUGAAAGCUUUACAAAUCCAACAAGCUAAAAUUAAUGAUUUCAAGAAAAAAAUCGAUCAAGCAAUGAUACUAGAACGAAGAAAUGUUGAAAAAAGAUCAUUCAAAAUGUCAUUACAUAUUGCCUUGUUAAGAAAACAACUAGAAGACAAUGGAAUUGAUCCUAUAAAAAUUGAUUCAGCAAUAAAAGAAUUCGAAAAAAAUGUCAGAUUAGAAAAUUCCGUCAGAAAUUCCACGGGUCAAAGCUUAUGGUUAGAUGAAAACUCUGAAUUAAGAACCCGUUUACCCAACAUUCAUGAUUAUGAUAGAAAAGAAUAA